AUGGACAUUGAUGGUAAAAACCAGUGGCCGAUGCUGAAAGGCAAGCCGUCCCGGCGGAAGGAGUUCGUCUACCACCUUGACUCCAGCAGUGGCUCUGCUGUGGCCGCCAUUAGAUAUGGAGAUUACAAACUAAUCCAGGGGAGUCCUGGUAAAUAUAACGACUGGUACCAGAUCCCUAAGGGCCCGACCAAGUGCACCAAGUUCAAGGAAAUCCAAGAUGAAGAAGAGGAGGACUUUUUCAAAUAUUCCAGUCUGAAUCAGGUGGUGAGGAAGGUGAAGACGUACUUUUCCUGGGUGUUCGACAAGAUGACGGGGGUCAGCUGGAAACAGUACCGCUUCAAAAAACUACAGAAACAUUGUCUUCAGGGGGAGAGAAAAGUAAUGAAGAAGUUCAUUUUCCCCAAAUACCAGAUGUUUGAUAUCAGGAAUGACCCAACAGAAAGGAACAACAUUGUCAUCGAAAAGAUUCCGAUAUUUCUGAAGAUGAAACGUCGACUUGACAAUUAUAUUGCAAAGGAAGUGGAACCUCAAAGCAGGGAAAAGUACCCCCGGUCUAAUCCCGCCAUAUACAGUGGGGCGUGGUCAGCUGGGUGGUGCUGAGGGGCGUGGUCAGCUACAAACGUUUAAUCAACAAUAUCCGGUGUUCUGGAUGAACUGAAACAAAGAAGGACAAAUCAAUUGUAUAGUAAAUGUGUGUCAAAUAAAGAAUCUCCCUAUUUAAGUGCCGAACGUUCAACAGGAUGUGAGCCCUGACCUGUUAUAUGUUGUAUUGGGACUCUGAUAAUUCGUUGUAAAUAAAUAAAUCUGCGGACGAAUAUGAAGAGUGCACCUAGCCAUGAGUGAAUGUAUACUUCCAUAUUAUAAAGAAGUGCAAUUGACGACGUCAUGUAAAAACUUAUGAGUGGAAUCGCUUUUAUUACAUGUCAAAAAAUGUUCAUAUUUACACUUUCUCAUUUUUGGAAAACAGUAAUCAGAGUACCUGGUAUGGAUGUCCAAUACUGCUUCCCGAAAACUUGAAAGCAAAGCGAUCAAACGACGUCGAGGACGAAAUAUGGACUCGCGUUUAAACAAAUAGCGUGCAAUGUUGUGAAGAUAUUCAAAACCCAAUUCUGUUUCAAUUCGUUGAUUUGAUCAGUGUUUAAAAACGGAAGAGUUCCAUCCCGAAGAAGGUCUGGCUACUAUAACACCGGUACAACAUUCUCGUAAUGUCAUAGUUGUAAUUGUGUCAUGUCAGUGAUAUCUUAAUAUUUACAUUUGCAUGGCAUUGUCACUACAUAGCCUCUUUGUGUCGUUGAUGGGACUUAA